UCCUUUCAAUGGCAAUAAGAGCUAUCCCUCCUGCUAACAAUCUGUAUUUAAAAAAUGCAAGCAGGUGAUGGGAUCAAAUACUACGAUCUGAAAGAAGGGAAGGGACCUGAAGCCAAGAAAGGGUCGACUGUGUUGGUGCACUUUGAUUGUGUAUAUCGAGGUCUCACUGUUGUCUCUAGUCGUGAAUCCAAACUUCUGGCUGGAAAUCGAGCGAUUGCUCAGCCAUAUGAAUUUACUGUUGGAGCACCUCCAGGCAAAGAAAGAAAACGUGAUGUUGUAGACAAUCCAAAUGGUCUUUUCUCUGCUCAAGCAGCACCAAAACCACCAGCAGCUUUAUAUAAAAUAACAGAGGGCAUGCAUGUAGGAGGGCAGCGGACUGUAGUUGUGACACCUGAAGUGGGCUAUGGUAAAAGGAGUAUGAAUGAAAUUCCGCCAAAUGGAACCUUUGAACUAAAUGUGGAGCUCUUAGAAGUAAAGUAACCUACUCCAGCAAACUAAUCCAUUUCAGUAAUUCUAAUUUGAUUAUAAGGGUGAUACUUUUUGUGCAUCCCUCCAUUCUCCAUAGAGAUGUCAGCAUAUGUGCAGAGAUUCAUCUAUUUGAUAAGUCCAUGUAAUUGUUAUGGAAUUGGGUUCCUUUUCAUUCAGGAAAAUAUGGUAGUUCCGUUCAGUUUUUGAUGUAUGCAAGAAGGCAGUUCAUUUGAGUUUAGUCUGAGAUUUCAAUUUCAAAAGGCUAUGUAUGUUUGUGUUAUAUUUAUUACUGACAAGUAACUUUAAAUUUUUUGAGUUAGUACUUAUUUGCUCAUCCCAUUUUUGGGAUGUUGUGUUUUGGACAAGUAACUUUAAAUAUGGUAGUUCCGUUCAGUUUUUGAUGUAUGCAAGAAGGCAGUUCAUUUGAGUUUAGUCUGAGAUUUCAAUUUCAAAAGGGUAUGUAUAUUUGUGUUAUAUUUAUUACUGACAAGUAACUUUAAA